AUGCUGGUGUGGAGAAGUGCUCCCAUAAGGAGAAGCGUUUCCAACUUCCCAUUCUGCAACUUUGUUAGACUUAAACAUGAAUAUGCUCCCCGGUUCCAAAUACAAAGGAAAAAGCAAAAGGGUAGAGUUCCCGUCAGAAUUGGCGGGUCCAUCAAGGGGUCUACAAUACAGUUUGGACAGUUUGGUUUAAGAUUGAAAUCAGAAGGUACUCGGUUAUCCGCUAUUCAGUUGAAAGAGGCGGAUAACGCCAUUAUGAGGUACGUUAGACCCUUAACUAAUGGUCAGUUAUGGAGACGGUUGGUGACGGAUGUGGCAGUUUGUAUUAAGGGUAAUGAAACUAGAAUGGGUAAGGGUAAAGGUGCUUUCGACCAUUGGAUGGCCAGGGUUCCUACUGGCAAGAUAAUCUUCGAAAUGGCAGGUGAUAAUUUACACGAGCGGGUUGCCAGAGAGGCGUUUCGGAAGGCGGGUACAAAGCUACCUGGUGUGUACGAGUUUGUCAGUAAAGAGUCGCCAGUGAGAGUUGGGUUGCAUUCGUUCAAGACGCCAGGGUGGGAGGAAAAUCCGGAAAAUGAACCUCUUGCUCGUUCGAGGAAACUGUCUCAAAUGACAACGAAGAAACUACUGAACGUCGAAAGAUCGAAGCAGCCCGAGUUUAAGUUAUUCAGAGCUCGCUAG